AUGGAGUUGCACAACGGCACUGGCCAGCCCCUGAGCCUGCCCCCCACCACCUGCACCUACAAAGAGCGCUUCAAGCACAUAAUCCUGCCACCCGUGUACUCGGUGGUGCUGGCAGCCGGCCUGCCACUCAACGCCUGCGUCAUCGCCCAGAUUUGCACGUCCCGCCGGCACCUGACCCGCACGGCGGUGUACACCCUGAACCUGGCGCUGGCCGACCUGCUCUACGCCUGCUCCCUGCCGCUGCUCAUCUACAACUACGCCCAAGGGGACUACUGGCCCUUCGGCGACUUCACCUGCCGCCUGGUCCGCUUCCUCUUCUACGCCAACCUGCACGGCAGCAUCCUCUUCCUCACCUGCAUCAGCUUCCAGCGCUACCUGGGCAUCUGCCACCCUCUGGCCUUGUGGCACAAGCACGGGGGCCGCCGGGUGGCCUGGCUGGUGUGUGGGGCCGUGUGGCUGGUCGUAACCACCCAGUGCCUGCCCACGGCUCUCUUUGCCACCACAGGCAUCCAGCGGAACCGCACUGUCUGCUAUGACCUGAGCUCGCCUGCCCUGGCCACCGACUACAUGCCUUAUGGCAUGGCCCUCACCGUCAUUGGAUUCCUGCUGCCCUUCAUGGCCCUACUGGCCUGCUACCACAGCCUGGCCCACCACCUGUGCCGCCAGGGCGGUCCGGAAGGGCCCGUGGCCCAGGAGCGGCGCACCAAAGCAGCUCGCAUGGUGAUAGUAGUGGCUGUCAUCUUCGCCAUCAGUUUCCUGCCUUUCCACGUCACCAAGACAGCCUACCUGGCGGUGCGCUCCACCCCCGGGGUCUCCUGCCCCGUGCUGGAGACCUUUGCUGCUGCCUACAAGGGCACCCGGCCCUUGGCCAGCGUCAACAGUGUGCUGGACCCGAUCCUCUUCUAUUUCACCCAGAAGAAGUUCCGCCAGCGGCCACGGAAGCUGCUGCAGAAACUCACCACCAAGUGGCACAGCAGGGUCGCUGAGCCGUUGGAGGCAGAAUGCCUGGGGCCUGGGCAGCCAUCACGCCUGCCUCUGAGCUCCGGGCAGCAGAAGGCCCUCCAGCUCCAAGCCAUGCAGAAAGUUCAGGUGAGGUCACCGCAGACCCCACGAGCUCACCUGCACCACCACCAUCAGCACACCCAGCCGGACUCAUAACGACCUCAUAGGACAGGUAGAACCGCUCCCGAGGCUUCCCAAGGCGGGUGAUCCUCCCAGGAGCAGGCUCUCCCUGGGGAGGCAAAUGGCUAGCCUCAGGCGUCACCCACUGUGCAACCAGAGCUCCCCCAAAUGUCAGAGUAGCUAAGGACGAAGCCCCUGCUCCGAGGUCCACAGUUGAGGCCUGUGCCUGGCUCUCGCCAGGGAGCUGGGGGAAGCAUGCUACACUACUCACAACAACACAGGGGGGCAUCUGCUCCAGUCCCCAAGGCAGGGGAGGAGUGGAGAUGAGAGCUUUGGGAAGGAGCCUUGGAGCUGAGUUCUGAAGGAAAGCUAAGAGCGCUCAGGAAGGAGGGCGGCCCCUCAUUCAGAGACCCUGGACCGGCAUCCUGUGCUUGGACCUGGAUUGGUUUGAGGCCCCCAGAAGAGCCAACCCCCACCCUGCCUCAUACUCUGAAACU